CACUAUAUAUAAAUCCACACCCACAAUAUAUAUACGACCAAGAAUUAGUUUUAUUAAUCGCCCAUUUAAUCACCCAUUUGAUGAUGGCUUCAAACCAUGCACUAUUCCUGGAAGAGCCCAAAACUGCCAAUAAUAAUGAUGAUUUAGAGCAGCAACAAGAGAAGAAGAGUGAGAUGGUCGGCGGCACGGCGGGCGGGUUUGAUUAUGCGAAGCGGGCCCCAUGGCUUCGGGCGGCGGUUCUCGGAGCUAACGACGGUUUGGUUUCCACGGCCUCGCUGAUGAUGGGUGUCGGAGCGGUUAAGCAGGACAUCAAGGCCAUGAUCCUGACGGGGUUCGCCGGCAUGGUGGCCGGAGCAUGUUCGAUGGCCAUCGGAGAGUUUGUCUCCGUCUACUCUCAGCGGGACAUGGAGGUUGCCCAGAUGAAGAGGAGCAAGACGGAAAGGCCACCGCCGGAGGAAGAGGAGAACGGUGGCGGCAACGAGGACGCGGUGCUGGCGAAUCCCACGCAGGCGGCGGCGGCAUCGGUGGUGGCCUUUGUAAUGGGAGCAAUGGUUCCGCUGCUGGCGGCGUCGUUCAUAAAGGGGUACAAGGUGAGGGUUGGGGCGGUGGUCGGGGCUGUCACUGCCGCUCUGGUGGCUUUUGGGUGGCUGGGUGCGGCACUUGGUGGCGCUCCCAGGGUUAAAGCUUCGGCCAGGGUUUUGCUUGGAGGAUGGCUGGCCAUGGCUAUAACAUCCGGAUUAACAAAGCUGAUUGGUUUCAAAGGCGAAUAAUACCAGACAAAUUUAUUGUAUGUGAAACACUAAUAGUGUGAACCUUGGUGUCAUCCGUGGUAUGAGAUUAGCACCACCAUGUAAUUAUAUUAGUACCUG